UGUAUAAAAGAAUAACGAUUCUUUACUUUUCAUAAUUCAAAAUAAUGACUAAUAAGCACCUAUUUAUUGUUCGUCUAGUUUAAAAUACUUAUUCAGCCACCGUUUGUUCCCACAUACCAAACAAUCGUCAAAUGACGAAAAUGACAAUGGAAAAGACAAAAAAACCCUUGAAAUUGAAGAGAGAGAGAGAGAGAGAGAGAGAGAGACAGAAAUGAAAUAUUAAUCUUUGAUAUUGAAUCCCCAUCUCUAUCCAAUCCACUCUCGAGCUGAAAAGCAAAUGCUGACAAAAGUUUUAGCAUUCUUCUCCAUCUCUCUCUAAGAAAAGUGUAAAGUGGGCUCCUACCCACUUGGCCCCGCAUUCAUUACGAGCUCCAACGUUAUUCUACUUUUUCAAACUACUUUGGAGCCAAAUUCCAUUUUUAAACUUCAACGUUUUCCUCUCCCUUCCUUUGCCUUUGCCGCACCACUCCCACCAUGAACGUCACAUUCUAACACACCAUUUCCGAGCUUCUACCGACGCUGGAUGGGGUGUUUUCUUGCUUGUUUCGGGUUCCAAAAGCGGCGCAGAAAACGCCGAUCACYGCCCAAUGGACUCACAAUUGGCGACCAAAUACAUCUAAGCUAUGAGCCUUUGGAUUCCUCCCGGGUGAUUGCAACUAGUGACACUUGCAACGAACCCGAGAUUCUGAAUUCUAAACCGAGUUCUGUUGGCAGGGAUGGACCUAAGGAGCAGCCUUGGGUCAAAAUCAGGAAGAAAGUUAGCUUUAAUCUAAACAUUCAGACUUAUGAACCUGUCCCAGACUAUCAAUAUUUCCUGGAGAGUGAUGAAGAGGUAAGAACUGAGGAACAUCAUCAAGAAGCAACAGCUAGAACCGAUUCUACUUCACUUCCAGAAAAGGUGUUUACAACGUCGAAUUACCCUCAAAACCACAGAUACCAGAAUUGCAGGGAUAGUGAUAAUGAAGAAGAAGAUGAUUUAUCAUAUGGGGAAAGUGAUUUGGACGAUAGUGAAAUUGAUGAAGAUCAAGAAGAAAACAAUGAUGAGUUUAAACCAUGUGAAUCAGAAACUAAUACUGUAGAGAGGAGCCAACAUGUUCAUUCUGUACUAAAACCAGUAGAAAAUCUUACUCAAUGGAGGACAGCCAAAGCAAAAACAACAACAAUCACUAAGCAGCAGACGGAAAUCAAGAUUAAGACAUCAGAGAAGCCACAAUCUCCCGUAUCUUUCAGUUCAAAUGCAAGUUUAACUCAACCACCAUUUAAAUCAAGAUCGAAAUCGUGCUUACCUGAUACUCAAAUGCAAGAAAACCUGGUGCAUUCAAGCCUCUCAGAUUGGUUGGUCUGAACUGCAUAAAGGCUUGUCAGUUGCCGGAUUCAAGUGGAAUCAUGCAGAAAAGAAGCUAGAACAUAAACAACUUCAUGAAAACAAUAAAGGUUACAGAACCUCUUUCUCUUAUCUUUUAUGUAGCAAGGAGAAACUCGAAUGAAAAAAAAAAGUGUGGCAUUGAUCUAUCAAACUCCCUGGCCUGCUUCAGUGGGAGUGGCACACAGAUUUGUGUUGAAGUUUUUUAUUUUUUAUUUUUUAAUUAUCUUUUAUGACCUUGUGUUUGUGGCAGAUGGUUUUGUUUGGUAAGUUUGCUGAUUCUUGGAGAUA